AUAUUUGUAAAUAUGUUUACAUAUAUUCGUAUGUGUUAUGACCCCUAGUAUACAUGCGUUGCAUUUUGCACUAACUAAGAGUUAUGCACCAAUCAGCUGUUUCUAUGCUGUGAAAUUAAAAACAAACUUCGUAACUGAAACAUUAUGUUAAAUCUGAAUAGAAUCCUUGGUAGAAUCAAUAGACAUCAAUUAGCUCCAUUAUGCCGCUUUGUAUCCGACCAGUUGCAGGAGACACCAACCAUCAGUUUACGUCAGAGAACCUAUUUGGAAACAAAACAGAGAUACAAGAACCACGAGCACGUUGUUUAUAGCUCUUAUUUGGAAAAGCAAGAGGAACACAUGAGUUAUGGGCUGAAGAGGUCACUAAUAAAUAAACUGAAAAGAGAUAGAAAAAGACAGCAAAAAGAGUUACAACUUGGUUAUGGAAAUAGUUCUACGGAAAUACCUAAAAAUUGGAUGGAUGAAUAUGAAUAUUACAGCGGACCCUUGAAGACGGCAGUUGGAGAAGACCAGGAAGUGGAGAAUACACUGGGAACUGCAGAUCCCUCAGUCCAAGCCUCCAAGGUGCCUUGUAAUGGUUGUGGAGCUCAUUUACAUUGUAAUCAUCACACAAGACCGGGUUUUAUUCCCCUUGAAAUCUUCAAUGGGCGCACUACAAAGGAGCUGAAAACAAUAGUCUGCCAACGUUGUCAUUUUUUAAAGCACUACAAUAUUGCCCUCGAUGUUGAAGUUACCCCUGAAACGUAUGUCGAGACCAUAUCUCGUAUUCAAGACCAAUAUGCCUUGGCCAUAGUUAUCGUAGACCUUUUAGAUUUUCCCUCUUCCAUAUGGCCAGACAUGCAGCAAGUUUUGGGUUCCAAGCGCCCCGUAUUCAUAGUGGGCAAUAAGGUAGAUUUGUUGCCACGAGAUUGUAAUGGUUACCUGGACCAUAUUAAGCUUUGUUUAAAAGAGGAAAUUAUCAAAACCGGCUUCGAUAAAAUGAACAUCAAAUAUGUCAGUUUAAUAUCUGCAAAGACGGGCUAUGGCGUGGAAGAAUUAAUAACACAGUUGCAAAAGAUCUGGGCAUAUAAGGGCGAUGUUUAUCUUGUGGGCUGCACAAACGUGGGUAAAAGUUCACUCUUUAAUAUUCUAUUAAAUUCCGACUAUAACCGACCGGAGGCUUCUGAACUGAUAUCGAGGGCGACAACAUGCCCUUGGCCGGGAACGACAUUACAGAUGUUGAAGUUUCCCAUUUAUAGGCCUUCCGAAAUAAGAGUUUACGAACGUUUAAAACGACUUAAAUCAGAAAAAUUUGCCAAAGCCGAAAUGGAAAAAUUGCGUUUGGAAAAUGCACGAAAAAAUGGCAUAAUUGAAGAUGCCGUACCGAUGGGUGUCAUUGGAAGGACAUUCAUUAGAAGUGAGGAAGACGAGGUGGCGGAUCCCUUUGCCGUAGGUGCUGGCACAUCGCCAAUCACCACACUCAACGAAAGAAGUAAAGAUUAUCAACAAGCACGUUGGGUUUAUGAUACACCCGGUGUUUUGCAUCCUGACCAAAUAACCAAUUUAUUAACAGCAAAAGAGUUGAUGGAAUUGCAGCCUAAACAAAUGAUUUCACCCAGAGCUUAUCGCUUAAAGCCUGGCAUGAGUUUGUUUGUGGCUGGUUUGGCGAGAUUAGAUUUUCUAAAUAGUAACAGUGAAGAGUUGGAUUGGGUGCAAGUCUUCCUUUUUGCAUCUUUCAAUUUACCAACAAUGGUGGUGAAGACUGAGGGUGCCCACCAAAUAUAUGAACGAUAUUUAAAUACUCCCCUUAUGCAUGUACCAAUGGGAGAUGACAAACGUAUAUCACAAUGGCCUGGCUUGCAAUGUCACCCCGAAGAAUUUCACAUCAAAGGUUAUAUUUUAAAGCCAAAAAUUAAUGAGGUCAAUUGUGCAGCUGAUAUAACACUGUCAUCGGUGGGAUGGGUUGGUGUGCGUGUUCCUGUAGAUAUUGAGUGUACGUUUAAAGCAUGGACACCGGGAGCAAAAGGCAUCUACUGUAGAAAUCCAUCAUUGGUACCUUAUGCUGAACGUUUAAUAGGCAAAAAGAUACGAAAUUCUUUGGCCUACAAUACAUCGAAACCCUUCAUAUUUAAGAAAUAAAAUUUUAGUCGAUAACAA